UUCCAACAGUCGCUCGCGCGCAGCCACACGAGAACUUUCUGGACUACUAUUUUUGACAUUUUAUCAUUAUUUAUUUUUUAUUUUGUCCUUAUGUGAAUGUUCAGCGUGCGUGUGAGCGAGGGAGGAAGUUACGCGUAAAGUGGGAAAUGAAGCUUAUCGUUUAUGAGGCAUCUAACGCUGAAAGUGGCAGUGAGUGAGACGCUAACAUCAGUAAAUAAUGAGGGAGAUCCUUCUUCCUCCCAGUAUGGAUCAGCGCUCAUCUAAGGCAAUUAUCCUGCAAUUUAAGGUUCCUUAUCGACAGUCUUUAGGACCUUAACAGAUCCCCAAGAGUUCAGAGGGAACAGCUUCAGCAUCAUCAUCUGAUCUGCAGAACGCCGAAAACAGAGGAGCUGGUCUUUCUCUGACGUCAUCAGCACCUGACAAGGAAAAAUAAAGACAAACAAACACUGUUCUAGUGUGUUUUUGCCAUGCAGACAAGCUGACAGACACACAGAGAAAGCAAAGUGACAGGUUGGCAGACUGCGAAAGCCCUCGCACUCACACGAGGUCACCAUGCCAGACGAGUCCCGAGCUAUUCAGGAUGAGGGGAAGCCCGGAGCAGAAACAUCGCAGGUGUCCUUGGUGCCAAAUGUUGUUGUCUCCAGUGUUAGGGAGGACAUAGUUAGUGGGCGUAACAUCACUGAGCUGGAGGACUUCACAGACAACUUAAAGCAUUCUGUUAAAAACAGAAAUGGCAGAACACGUAGUCUCAUCGUCGGAGGUAAGUCAAGACACAGUGAAUCCCAGGUUUCUGUAGAGUUGGGGGUGGUCAAGACAGCACAGGCCCCCAAACCAAAGAAAACCACCUCUUUGGUGAGGCGAGCAGGUGCAGACCCUGAUAAACUGCAAAAUGACAGCAGGGCUUCAAUGCAAAAGAACAGCUGCAAUGACUUGGAUGGCUGUGCUAAUUUAAGUGCCGAUUCCUGUGACAGAAACCUGUUUGAAAAGACAAGCUGCAUCUCUCCCGUCAAUCUAUCUGAGUCCAGCUUGGACACUGCUCAGACUGACAAAAACUCUAAAAACAGUCAACAUGAGAACAGCAAUUUCGAAGCAAGCCUGACUGCUAGAGCAAAAGCAGAGAACUCACUAGGCGGAGGUUUGCCCGAAUUUCCUGACGUUUCCUCCAGCAUCAACCAAUCCAGGGACAGCAUCGACAUCCGGCUGGCCAAUGAAGAAGACGACAGAGACAGCGACAGACGGAGCAUCUUGUCUAGGCAGACUGUGAAAGAGGGGUUGUGCUGCUGCUAUCAGGCCACCCACAGGGCUUGUAUGCGGUGUGUGGAGGAGACUCCGUAUAUGGUGUCGGGACUGGUGCUGGCGUUGGUCUUCAGUUUGGUCAUCAUCAUCGUUCUUGCAGUAACAAGGGAUGUUAAAUUCCAUGUGGCCGCUCUGGCCAUUGUUAGUAUUGUUCUUUGCCUGACCACGACCCUGCUCGUCUGCCUGCCCUGGUUGGCCACAGUGAGGCGAUGUCAAGGAGCGCUGGCCCUCUUCGUUUGGGCGAUCCUAUACAUCACCGCCAUGGUCUUUGUCUUCACAGGCGGACCUGUCACUGCAUGGGAACAGGUCGCGUUCUUUCUCUUCCUCUCUCUCAGCGUGUACACAGUGCUGCCUCUUUCCUGGGCCUGGGCCCUCAUGGUCGGGAUAGGGACCAGUGUUUCACACAUCAUCAUCAUCAGCGUCUACGUUUCUGUCACCAGCCAAAAGACAUCAGACCUGGCUGUGCAGCUGGUCGCGAACGCUGUGCUGUUUGCAUGCGUGAAUGGCAUGGGGAUUUUUCACCUGUGGAUGACUGAGAAAGACCUACGGCUAUCCAAUCACAAGAGAGAAGAGUACAGCAGCAUACGCUCCAAGAAGAAAAUAAGGAAAUAUCAGCAGGAGCAGCUCCUGCUGUCCGUGUUGCCACGGUACAUCGCUAUGGAGCUGAAGACGGAGGUGAUAAACAAACUCUCGAAGCACAAGAGCAAUGACGAGAAUCAAUCAAAUCCCCACAACUUUCACAGCCUAUAUGUGCGCAAGCACAGCAAUGUCAGCAUCCUGUAUGCUGACAUCGUGGGCUUCACAAAGCUAGCGAGCACCUGCACGCCCGAAGAGCUGGUCGUUACGCUCAACAAGCUCUUCGGCAGAUUCGACGAGAUUGCCAAGAAGAAUGGGUGUCUUCGCAUUAAGAUCCUGGGGGACUGCUACUAUUGUGUGUCUGGUCUGCCUGACCCCAUUCCCACCCAUGCCAAGAACUGUGUUCAGAUGGGGCUGGACAUGUGCACUGCCAUCAGUGACCUGCGAGAGGCGACGGGGGUGAACGUCAACAUGCGGGUAGGCGUUCACACGGGCAACGUGCUCUGCGGUGUGAUUGGCUUGCAGAAGUGGCAGUACGACGUGUGGUCAGAUGAUGUCACUUUAGCCAACCACAUGGAGUCCGGAGGUCUCCCCGGGCGGGUCCACAUCACAGAGGAGACACUGCAACACUUGAAUGGAGCGUACAAAGUGGAGGAAGGGAACGGGGAGACUCGUGACUCUUUUCUGACAGGCAGAAAAACAUACCUGGUGAUUGACCCCAAGAAGCCAGACCGUGUUCCUAGGAGGGCUGUAAAGCCAAGCCAUCUCACACCAGGGGAGAACAGGCAGCGUGCGUCACUCCGGAUGUCUCAGUACCUCCAGUCCUGGAAGAGUGUCAACCCCUUCGAAGGCCUAAGCAACCCUGAGGCCAGACACACCAGGAAGUUACCCACUGAACGACCACCUUCUCAAGACGACUGUUUGGUUGUUGAUAACAGUGUGAGGGGAUCACUGGACACGCUGGACAUUAAGAGGUAA